UCUUUAUUAUUUGGAGGUAGACAGAUGGCUCGACGACCAAGACGAGACAGGACGGGACACUUGGCCUCCAGCGAUCGGUAGCAGAGGCCACAGGUGGUCUCCGCUUCUGCUGAGAGCACACGUCCACACGAGAGGCAUCACAUCUUCGUCGCGUCGCCGUUAGCCCUGCUAACCACAAGCCUUUACAGCUGCGCCUCAUCUGGUUAAUUGGUAUUUGUGCUAGAAUGGCCUAGCGGUGGUGCUAGAAUGGCCGCAACCAGCAAGCAAGUGAAGUGAAAGCUUCUUCCUCAUUGGCGCACCGCAGACAAACACCAAGAACAGAACAGCCUGCCAGCUAGAGGCAGCAAUGGAGGCAGCUGAUUUGCUGACCCUGGGCUUCGACUUCUGUUUCCAAUCACCGCCUCGCUUCUUCGACGAGCCCUACGAGCACGACCUCGCCGUCGUCGACAGCAUCGUGCUGCACGCGCCGGCCGAGGCCGAGUCGGUCACCGGCCUCUACCCAUCCAACAACAGAGAGGCCUCGAGCUCGUCGGACGGCGCCAACUCGUCAUGCAACACGCAGGUGCCGCCGGCGUCGUCGCCGGCCGGUGGCUUGGCGAAUAAGAGCAUGGUCAUGGAGAGGCACCGGCGCAGGAGGCUCAACGAGAAGCUCUACGCGCUCCGCAGUGUCGUCCCCAACAUCACCAAGAUGGACAAGGCGUCCAUCGUCAGGGACGCCAUCGCCUACAUCCAGCAGCUGCAGGAGGAGGAGCGCCGGGUGCUCGCCGAGGUGUCCGCGCUCGAAUCCUCCAGCGACACCGCCGCCACCGUCAAGACGGAGGAUCAUGCGGCGGCCGGAGACGCCGACAGCUACCCGCGGAGGACGAAGAGGACGCGAACGGCGGCGGCCGACGGUGGCAGCGUCACACUCUCCGUCGACGACGCCUCACCGCCAGUCCAGAUCCUCGAGGUUGUGGUUUCGGAAGCGGGGGAGAAGAUGGCGGUGGUGAGCGUGCGGUGCAGCAGGGGCAGGGACGCCGUCGCCAAGGUCUGCCGGGCGCUGGAGCCGCUGCGCCUCCGCGUCGUCACGGCGAGCAUCGCUGCCGCCGGCGACGCCUUCGUCCACACCAUGUUCGUCGAGAUUGAAGAGAUGAGUGGUGCGCAACUAAAGGAGACAGUAGAGGCUGCUCUCGCUCACCUAGAUGUCACCAGACACUCACUCAAGACCAAGAGAUAUUGGGAGGACUGAUGCCAAUGCAAGCUUGGCUUCUCAAUAACCGGCCUUAUGUCAUCGUUUUUCUUUUCCAAUGAGGUAGUACUACUGUACCAGUGCGAUAUAAUGUUUCCUUUUCCAAAGUACGACGAGGGUUACAACUGUGUAUAUUAGUACUUCUCUUUGGAUGAGACAAUAAAUGCUAGCUAAACAUGGACACAAUUUGACACA